GCAGGCAGGAUGCUGCCCUCGCCAGGAAGCCUCAAGCUCUUCCAUGACCAUAUAGUGCGGAACUCGCGCGCCAUCGGCGUGCUCUGGGCCAUCUUCACCAUCUGCUUCGCCAUCAUCAACGUGGUGGUCUUCAUCCAGCCCUACUGGGUGGGCGACAGCGUCAACACGCCCAAGCCCGGUUACUUCGGGCUGUUCCACUACUGCGUGGGCAGCGGGCUGGCGGGCCGGGAGCUGUCGUGCCGCGGCUCCUUCACCGACUUCAGCACCAUCCCCUCGGGCGCCUUCCAGGCGGCGGCCUUCUUCGUGCUGCUCUCCAUGGUGCUGACGCUGGGCUGCAUCACCUGCUUCGCCCUCUUCUUCUUCUGCAACACCGCCACCGUCUACAAGAUCUGCGCCUGGAUGCAGCUGCUGGCAGCGCUCUGCCUGGUGCUGGGCUGCAUGAUCUUUCCUGACGGCUGGGAUGCAGAGACCAUACGGGACAUGUGUGGGGAGAAGACAGGGAAGUACUCCCUGGGCGACUGCUCUGUGCGCUGGGCUUACAUCCUGGCCAUCAUCGGCAUCCUCAACGCCCUCAUCCUUUCCUUCCUGGCCUUUGUCCUCGGCAACCGGCAGAACGACCUGCUGCACGAGGAGCUCAAGACAGAGAGCAAAGAUUUUGUCGGCACUGCGAGGAUAUAAGGCUGAGCGCCCGCAGCAGGACCCUCUUCCCACGGUCAGCAGUCUGGGCGCUCCCUCCCUGUCCUGCCCUUCGUCUGCUGCCAGUGGCCAUGCAGUGUCCUGCGCCGCCCCCCGGGCCGCGCUGGCCACCCGCUGCAUCUACGGCCACCGCCAUGCCCAUGCCGGCACCACCAUCCCACGCACCCUGCCAGUUCCACACCCCAUGCUGCCCGUGGGCCGCCGUCGGGGGAGGAUGCCCCAACCUGCUUCAUUCAAGAACAGCAUCCAGCUGUGCUUUUGUUUCAAGAAAAAGACAGUCUUGGAGUUUUUAACAGAUUUCUACAUCCCCAGGACUCCUGACCUGCUGCCUCCCACCUGAACGCGUGCCCAGUGAUGCCCUGUGCCGGCUGCUCCAGGCCCUGCCCCCCUCCCCGCGCCCGUUUUGUACAGCUCCGUGAUCCUGUCUCCACAAGCUAGGGGACCCGGUGGCUGGGACAGGGCCCAACCCCUACUUUUACGUGUAAAUUCAUGUUCUCUAAACAGGGUAAAGUGACUCGAGCCCCCUCACCCCCUGCCCUGGGAGCCUGGCCCCAGGACGUGGUGUUUCCUGGCAUGUGGCCGGGGGCUGCUGCUGCUGCUGCUCGCUGCCCCCCCCCAGCACAGGGGCUGCUGAGACACCCAACUUGCGCUGCUGCUGAAUGUAAGCCCUGGUAAGUGGGAGCAGCUGAACACACAAACCCCCUUCCUGGGCAGGUGCAGGAGGACCCCCUCACCAGCCCCCCCCUCCUCCCCCAAGCUGGCCGCGGGCUGUUGCCAACCACCUUCCUUUCCCGUCCCCAUACGGUGCUUUAUCUCCACUGGUGACGGCAAAGCUCUUUCCGCCACACAGCGUGGCCAGGGGGACUCAGGUGCUCCUGUGCCCACCCUGCCAUUUAGGCCAUGUGCCCUGGCUGCACCUCGCUGGCCCGUGGUGAUGGCCUGCGGGGAGCACUGGCAGCUGCCUGCGGCAGAGCUGAGCCUGGCAGCCUCUGAGCAUGCCCCAGCCUCAAUUGCACGCACAUGGCACCCAAGAGCUGGCACUGACACUCUCCCCAGCACGGGCAGCUGCCACCCAGCUGUGGCUCUGCUGGCCAGACCAGUGUAUGCGAGCUUCCCCGAGCCCUGGCUGCAGGGGGCUUGGGUAGCUGCAGCCCCUGCAAUGCAAUAAAGUCCUCAGCACCGGCCACGUCUCAGUGCGAGCAGCCGGGGGCUGUUUGCAGGGCCUCUGGCUCCCCAGGGGCUGACAGGGACUCUGGCAGGGCUGGACUAAGGCUCUGGGCAAGGCAUGGGAGAGGAGCUGGGAUGGGCACAGGGAGCAGAGCAGGACCACAGCCCAGGGAUAGGCAGCCCUGGGCAGAGGAGCUGUGGAGGCUGCUGAGGAAUGGCAAUGAAGGGCUCUGCAGGAACCGUUGCCCAGCCCUGGGUGUCAGGGGCUGGCAGGAGCAGGUAAGUCGUGCCCUGAGGCCCUGCGACGAGGGACUCACCCGUCUGGGAGCCGAAGCCGCCCGGGACCGCAUGCGUGCUGGCACUCCUACCACGGUCUCUGCUAGCCAGGAGCUUGGGGGUGGCCACAUCACUCCAGCAGCUGCCCUCCAGAGCCGGACCAGCAGGAGGCUCCCGUGCCCAGCGGCGGCUGCCCUCCGGAGUGGGGCAGCAAGAGCCCCCCGCGCCCGGGUCUUGCCAGCUUGCAAGCGCUGUUGCUGGAGAAUUGGAAAAACAAGAAAAUCAGUGGAGAAAGGAAUACAGUAGCUGUAAAAUAUCUGUAUUUUAGUACAAAGUUUGAUACAGUGUUUCACAAAACCUUAUUGAGAAAUAUAAAUCAAACCAGAGGA